AUGUCUCAGAGAUCCGGUCAAAUUAGCGGAGGCACGCCUCAUGGCACAUCUAUACCGUCACAAGCCUUCACGUUAUACCUAUCAGUUUCACCAACAAUUACUGGGAGAAUCUCGAACAAUAUGCCAGACAAGGACAGGAAGAAGAGGUUGGUAGAGCAGAUCGCGAGCCUGGAUGUCAAGAUGAAGGGCAAGGGCUCUGGGAACAGCUGA